AUGUCCUUAACUCUUUCGGCUGGAAGAGGUGUAACUCAAGUUGUUGAAAGAUGUGAAGCUGCGAAGGAAGGUGGAUUUUUGGGUGAGUUUUAGAGGACAUUUCACUUCCCUGAGAAACUCCUGCAUUUUUUGAGACCCGAAACAUUUUUUGGGUUGGACUAAGAUUGGCAAAAUUCAACUAGAAAUUGAGAGAUUUAGAGAAAAAUAUUUUUUAUUUACUUCAAAAAAAUUACAAAAGUUUGAUAACUACAGAUUCUCACCGUAAAAGGCCUAAAGGCAUAUACAUGAAAUACUGUAGUUUUGAAAUAAAGUUUAAAUUCCACGUCUCAAAGUUCACGAAAAAAUGUUUUCAUAUUAAUUUUUUCAGAUCUUUCAUCAUGCCAAUUGAUGUACAUUGCCGAUGCUGUGUACCUUCUCCUUAAAGGUUAUACAAUCUCAAAAGUUAGCAUUGCAGACAACACUUUGAAAAAGUUCCCAAGAAAAUUUGUUGAAAAGUUCCCCGAGGCAACAAGUAAGUCUACAGUAAUCAAUUAUAAAAUUAUCCACAUUUUUGCAGUUUUGAACAUGGAACAAAAUGAGAUUUCUGAACUACCAGAAGAAGUUGGAAAUUGGAAAUCUAUCAAAGGACUCAAUGCUUCGAAAAAUAAACUAUCCGGAAAAUUUCCCGAAAUUUUAUAUUCUUUGGAAAAUUUGAUAUACCUGGAUUUAUCGGAUAAUGAGAUUUCUGAAAUUGAUUUUGGGAAAAUUCAAACUUCUCUUCCCAAAUUAGUUCAAUUGAAUCUUUCAAACAAUUCUCUUCCAGAGGAUCUAAAAGAUAUUGUGAAAAGUUUUGAAAAAUUAAAAGUUUUAUUAUGA